AUGAUGAAUGUUCAACGUUGGAUUAACAGUAUUCCAUCUGAUUUACCAUCAUGGAUACAAGUAUCGCACGAUAAAAUAAUCCCUGUCAAAAAUCCACAUCAGUGUUUUUCUGAAAUAGAAGAUCCAAGUGUAUAUGAACAUGCAGAUUCAUUGGAUCCAGCUUUACAUAAUGAUAUUUUAGACUGUAGUAAUACUACUAUUGUUGAUAAUGUACACAGAGAAGUAAAUCCCUCUGGUCAAAAUAUGAAAUAUUUCGAUAAACGAAAUAAUCAUUCAUCGAAUCCUACACAAACCACCACCACCACUUCAUUAGGAUUGAAUCAUCGUGGUGUAUCAACUGGUACACAUGGUGUUCAACCACCUCCUGCACUGCCCUCUCAAUUAUCUUCAUCUGCUCAACAUGGGAGUACUUCAAAUAUGAAUACUUCAUUAGGUCUAGUUGGUUCACAAUUUCCAAAUGUUUCCAGUGGUAAUUCUAUGAACUCUCAUCGGAAUUUACUUACACCUAUGAAAAAUUAUCAGUCAAGUCAAGAAAUUGGAAUAUCGAAUCAUAAUCAGCCUCAUCAUUUACCUUAUUGUAUAGAAAAUGAUCCAAAUGAAGGGGGGAAUUAUUCAUCUAGGCAUAGAGUUGAAUGUGAAAACAAUAAUGACUACCAAAAUAAUAAUAACAAUAAUAAUAAUAAUAAUUCGAACAAUACUCAACAAAAUCAAACCGGAGGUUCCGUGAAAUCAAAUGGCCGAUUGUUUAGUGACACAGAAAUUCAGAUGAUAGUUAAACUAUUUCAAGAUUAUUUCACCAAAGGUAGUUGUCCAAUGCUAAAAGAAGUUAGACUUCGUAUUAUGAACAAUUUCUUAGAAUCUACGCGUACUCCAAUAGGCAUACGUGCAAAAAUUAAACGUCUACAAAAAACCGGUCAAUGGACAGAAUAUAUUACUGCUUGA